UCUCUCCCCGCCUCUCUCUGCUUCUCCAACGCAUGUAUUUUCUCUGCUGCAGACGAUACCGCAGCAGAGGAGAGAGCAUCUAGGCGGAGGUACCCGGAUUCCAUUCGGUGCAAUUCAUACUCUAUUCGGUGUUCUGUGCUGUUUCCCUCCGGUCUCGAUAUCUGUCAAUCUCUAUAGUGAUUUCUGCAGAGCAUUUCCGCUUAGCGGCUGAGAAAUCGCCGGAGUUUGUCGCUGGUUGCGGGUGCUGACAUGGAGGAAGGGUAGGGCUUCCGGGGUUUUUGGAGAUGGAUAACUCGUGGCAGAGCAAAUGCAGUUCGAGUUGGCAGCAGUCGGCGGCGCCGGCGCUGCCUUCGCCGUCACAGUUAUUACCGCAAGGAUCUCGGAACCAGAUGGAGAUAAACGCAGGUCACCCUUUUCAAUCCUAUUCUGUGCAAGAGUUGAACUUCACAAACCGUGAAGUCAUGCAAGAACCUUUGGUAUUCAGCACACUGAAUUUAGGUUCGUCCACUUCUAGCAAGCCUGAGCUGGCAAAUUCUUUCCUAGCUCUCCUAUCUGGUUCAUCAUCGCAGUUGCAAUCCGAAUUCCAGCAGCUGUCAAAUUCAAAAUCAACCAUGAUUGCUAGUAAGCUUCCAAUUCAUGAUAUCAGUGUUAUGGUCAACCGUGCUGGCUGUGGAGGUCCAAUUACUCCCAGUGUGCAGUUCUCUCAGCCUCAGGGAAAUGAAAACAUGAGAAACGAUGCAGAUGUUUGUCCAAUUGCUCCAUCCAAGAUCAUUUCAACUGCUAGCUGUGGUCGUGUUUCUGUUUUGCAUGAUAACCUUCAAAUGGCAAGUCUAAAUUGUCAGAAUGUAGGUUCUCCCAAGACAUCCAUCCAUCACACCGUUCAAGGCAAUGAGAGGGGAGUCAAUCCUAGGUGGGGUUGGUUUUCAAGUACAAACCCCAGUGCUCAGCUACAUACAAAAAAUAUUCAGGCUUCAAUUAAUAUUCCAUCAGAGACAAAAGCUGCUGGACUUGAUCAUUCUUCUACUACAAGACGACAUCCACGUGUAUUUUGCUUGGGUACAAGUGGAGAUCUAUUACUCAGCAACACAGGGCUAAUUGGAGUUGUAUGUUUAUGUCAUAAUUUGCAUAUGUCUAUCUCGAAAUUUUGUGAGCAUUCAGGAUUGUGUGCUGUUAACCCUGGAGAUGCUGUUCGUCUGGAGAGUGGGGAGACCAUUUCUCAGUGGCGUAGGCUUUACUUCCACAAGUUUGGGAUUAGGGUUCCUGAUGACCAUAGUGGAUGGGACUGGCCUGAAGAAUUUUUAGCAACCAGUGGUCUGGUGAAAUACCAGACAACUGUGCCAGACAUGCACAAGAACUCCGAAAUGUUUCAACCAGUUGAUUCACUUGGAGAACUAGCAAGACCUGGAAAAUAUUGGAAUAAUAUUUUGUCUUCUAGGAACCAGCAUACACAACAAAGUGCUGUACAAAAGCCAGCCAACAACAUCAUGCACUAUGCCCAACAGAGGAAUAGUCAGGAGGAAAAUAAUCUUCUUGUCAAGAAUUCGAUUGGAACUUCGCAUAACGUCUUGCCUGCCAUGGUGGAUAAGCAGAUAAUUGAGGAAAAUCCCAUAUCCAGGGGUUUGACAAUGCCAACUUCAGCUCACAACAAAAGGCGGCAAGACAAUGGAUACCAGUCCAUUUCUGAUUAUAUUGACUUCAUUACAAAAGGUGGCAAUCUAUUUGUUUCAAACCCAAGUUUGGGGUGUUUAAAAUCUCCUGGGACUAAUUCUGAUACCAACAGAUGCAACAGUUCAAGGGAGGCAUUUAUUAUGGAUAGAGAUGGAAUGCCUUCAAAUAUUGAAUUGAGGCUUGGUCAACCGUCCCAGCAGAGUUGUACAAUGUGCACUUCAGUUCUGCCAGCUGCAGGGCCUCAACCACUUGACACACUUGGUAACUCCCAGAAGUCUCAAUUCCAAGGACAUUUGAUCCAUAGUAUGUUUAAUCCCAGGGUAACAGAGGAAUCCCGGCAAAAUGUUCGUUGCAAUCCUUCAGAUGCAACAAUGUCCUAUGGAAGAGAGACAGAAUGCCAAGUGAACCCCAUGCACCAUGCUCUUGGAAGUAGCAACACUAUAUAUCCUGCUAAAGUUGAACAGUUUAAGACUGACGCUACUAAGAACUCACUUAUUUCAAUGUUUCUUUCACACUUAAAUGCUGCUUCUGGAGGGGACAUCCAGCCCCAAGCUGCUUGUAAUAUUGUUAGUAGCAAUGAGCAGUUUAUGCCUGGGGUACCGUGCAAUGAAUCUCAUAUAUCCAAAUGUGAUCCAGCUGCUCUCCAAUGGAACAGAAGCGAAGGAACAGAAAGGCAGUCCGGCAAACAAGGGCCGGGCCUUCACAAUCAGAUGGAUAAAGGGAAAGGGGUUAGAGUUUCUGAUAAUUGCUAUUUUGUUCCACCUAGAAUAAGCUCUGUGUUUCACAGUAAGCAGGUGCCAAAUUCAGGCCCCUCUACUGGAGUUAUUGGUGGGUAUUGCCUUCCCGGUAGUUCAACAGUGUAUGAACGACAAUCAUCUGUUGUAGGCCAACCAUCUGCCAUGUUAUUAGAUGCCAACAGGCAAUCCAAUCAAUUUGGAAAGGUGUCUUGCACUGGAAGCAGUGGUCACCUAGAUCAUGCUUUUCUCAGAUCAAUCCAUUCUUCUCUUGCAACUGCUGGAUCAGAUAUGCCUGUGUCAGUCAUUUCAGUAGGCUCCUCUUCCGCAACUUCAAUGUCUAGACCCAAUCUGAUGCCAGCCUUUUCAAACAAGGAGGGUAUGAAUGUAAAUCCACAUUUACUGGAUGAGAAUUUGAGAUUGCUUGUAUUGAAGCAUAUAGCUGAGUUGUCUAAGCGAGAGAAUGCUAUUGCUUCCCAUGAUAUGAACCCAGAACAAGUGAGAUUACAUAGCUUUUCUAGUACUGAAUUGCAGAGGAAGGGAAUUAUGGAAGAUCCAUUUGCAGCUGAAGAAUCAAGGGAAGGACCUUAUCCCAAGAGUAAACAGGAUACUUCCAAAGUUUCGAAACCACUACAAUCUUGCUCUAAUUGCUACACAAGUGGUGGUGUGGGGAAGUUGGCUGAUGUUGGAGAUCUAAAUAACUGGUGCAAUUCUUCAGCAAUAUCUGCACAGGGAGUUGCAACACAUUGUAAAGAACCUGACAUUCAGUUCCUAUCUUCUCAUGAUGCUCUUACAUAUGAGCAACCUUUGCUUAGACUUGGGAGGAUGGGAAACACUGCCACUGCAUCUGUUGAGCAUGGGAAACAUUGUCAUAAAGAACCAAAUUCAUCCUUUCCAGGUAAAUGCAGCUGUGCAGUUCACUCGGUGUGUUUAGCAGGAAAUUGUAUCCUCAGAUGUGAAGGUUCUCAUGAUACAUAUAAAGAACAUGUUGGGACUGUUGGUGGAAAAUCUUCAAUGUUGGUUCCUUCCCUAUUUGAUAAUGGUCAUGCAAUCCCUGAGGAAAAAGCAAAUGCAGUAGGCCAAAAUGAAAACUUGAAAAGUCAACUUGAACUCCCCAUGAAUGACUAUCAUGCUACUCAGUGGAGAGAUGUCCCAGGCAAGGUGAUGGGGGUUUGUAAUUCUGCUCAUGUCAAAAAGGUCACUGAGGAUGUGGUACUUGAUGACAGAGGAAAUGUUGAGGAUCAAUUUGCAGAUACUGCUGCUAUAGGCUUAAAAAGAAGCCUUCAAGAGGCUGAGUCUUUGAAAGAGCAACAGAUGUCUAAUGUCUGUUCAGGAUGUUCUGCACCUGCUGUCACUGAGGUAUCAGUUGAGGUUAACAAUAUGGACUCUUAUACUGUAGUGGCUGGGGAUGCUAGAUAUAUGAAUGAUCUUGUAGUUGAUGAAGGGUCAGGAAUUGAAAAGUGCUGGUCUUCAGAUGAUUCACUUGACAGUGAAAGUGGUGAAACCCUUCGUGUUACCGGUAAGAUUGAGAAAAUAAAAGGACUAUCCUCAGCUUUACCAAAUCAAUCAUUACGAGGUCUUAAUGAGGUUAAGGUUAAAAGCUUGUAUAAUUCAAAAAAGGUUCGGAAUCGACUUCAUGCUGGGUUUACUUUUAAUGACAACAUCAAUCAUGCACAACAAUUACAGAGGGAGCUGAAGCAUGGAAAGAAAAAGAAGGCAAUGAAAUGGAAGAGGCUGGAUGCAACAUGUCCUGACUCUGGUCUUUCUUCAGUACAUUAUGAUUAUCCAAAACUUACUGGGUAUACUGAGCUAAACUUAUGUUCAUCCAAGGAGAUGCAAAUGCCUUAUCGAUCUGAUCAUGGAAUGCCUAAAACACGUAUUUAUUCUAAUGGGCCUUCAAGUCUAAAACGAAAACGCUCUGCUCUAUCUUCUGCCAAAACACUGUCUCAGAAGAGAGAUCUGUAUGGACUUGAUGGCCACCAAAGAGAGUGGGAAAAUGAUCAUCAAACACAGGCAAAUGAUGAUUUGAGCUUUCUUAGGGAACCGAGGCUUUCGGGUGGAAAGAAUUUGAAACAGGAUUGGACAAUGGAUAUGAAUAAGAAGUUAAAAAAGCUGGAUAUGAAUUGUGUAAUCACCGAAAAAGCUUCCAAGUACAAUUCAUUAACCUGUAUAAAAAACACAGCCAAUAGUCAGGUGGACACUUGUGAUAAGACAGCAAGGCCUGUGGUAUGUGGAAAUUCUGGAAUUAUUUCCAAUGGAAAACUGGCUGAAGGAAUAGCAAAGCCACCCAAAAUUCUCUCUCUCAGCACAAUUCUUAAGAAGACUAGAAAAUGUAGCAUCACUGAAGAUGAACCUAGUCUGGCUACCAUGUUAGAUAUAAAGAAGACAAACUCAAAAAGAAGAAAAGUUUGCCAUGAUGACCAAUCCAUGUUGAAGAAAGAAGGAGAAAAUAAAGCUUCCAAAACUGCAGUACAAAAUGGAUUGGAACCUGGGACUUCUAUAAAAGAAGCAAAGGAUGGAUGCUAUGGUAGAACCGAGGUACAUGCUUCUGAAAUAUCCAUAUUGAGGAAGGAGCACAAUGAUGGCAGUAACAAAAAACAUGGUGCAUUGCACAAUUUAUCUAGUGUUCGGUUGAAGCCAAAGUUUAAGGAAAUGCGCAAGCGUAGCCUCUAUGAGCUAACAACAAAAGGAAAAAUUCCUAGUUCUGUAAAACUUUCUCUUACAAAUAUAUCAAAAUGCAAGCUGGAAAGCAAAUGUAUAUCUAGUGGCUUGUCUUCUUUAAAGGAUGCUGAAGAUAGUCAAGAUCAAACAGAUGAAAUGUAUCAAGAAUAUUCCAAAUCCAUUAAGGAGCGCACCUACCAGGCUUUUAUUUUGGAUUCAGAUGCAUUCUGCUGUGUGUGUGGGAGCUCAAACAAAGAUGAAACUAAUUGCUUAUUAGAGUGCAGCCACUGCUUAAUCAAAGUGCACCAGGCUUGCUAUGGUGUUUCAAAAGUACCUAAAGGUCGUUGGUGCUGCAGGCCGUGCAAGACAAAUUCAAAAAAUAUUGUUUGUGUUCUCUGUGGAUAUGAAGGAGGGGCCAUGACUCGAGCACUUAGAAGCUGCAAUAUUGUGAAAAGUCUUCUGAAAGCUUGGAACAUCAUAAGGGACUCCAAGACUAAGGGAUCUAUGCCCCUGUCCAGAAUGUUGCCAGAUGAGUCUAAUGCAUCAGGUGCUUCAGAUUCUGGACGUGAAACUGAUUCAAUUCCUGUUACGAGGCCUGUAGAGAACAAACAACUUCCAGCAGCUGUUUUGAAAAGGGAUCUAAAGAAUCAUGCAAAUGUUGGGGUUUCAAGUGGUUCCCCAAAUAAUUUCCAAGUACAAAACACCAUAACUGCAGGAGUAUAUGAUCUGAGUGUUACACAGUGGGUACAUAUGGUUUGCGGACUCUGGACCCCAGGAACACGAUGCCCAAAUGUUGACACCAUGAGUGCCUUUGAUGUAUCUGGUGCCUCACGCCCUGGGAAAAAUGUGGUUUGUUCAAUGUGUAAGCGGCCAGGAGGUUCAUGUAUUAAUUGCAGGGUUGUGAAUUGUUCUGUCCAAUUUCAUCCCUGGUGUGCACAUCAGAAGGGUUUAUUGCAAAGCGAGGUUGAAGGUGCUGAUAAUGAAAAAGUUGGCUUUUAUGGCAGAUGUAUGAUUCAUGCAGCACAGCAUCUCUGUGAUUCUGACAUUCAUCUUGCUGACACUAAAACUGAUAGUGCAGAAAAGAAUGAAGCAACCUGUGCACGCACAGAGGGUUACAAGGGUCGCAAAAGGGAUGGCUUCAGACAUAAUCUUCCUGGGCAAUCCAAUAAAAAUGGUGGAUGCCUUGUUCCCCAAGAACAGAUAAAUGCAUGGCUUCACAUCAAUGGGCAGAAGUCAUGUACACGAGGAUUUCUAAAGCCACUGCCUUCUGAUGUUGAAUAUGAUUGUCGGAAAGAAUAUGCUCGCUACAAACAGGCAAAGGGAUGGAAGCAUUUGGUAGUAUACAAAUCUGGGAUACAUGCUCUUGGUCUUUACACAUCUAGGUUCAUUGCCCGUGGUGCAAUGGUUGUUGAGUAUGUUGGUGAGAUUGUUGGGCUUCGUGUGGCUGAUAAAAGAGAAGUUGAGUAUCAGUCAGGGAGGAGACUUCAGUACAAGAGUGCUUGCUAUUUCUUUAGGAUUGAUAAAGAGCAUAUUAUUGAUGCCACCCGGAAAGGAGGGAUUGCUCGAUUUGUCAACCACUCAUGCCUUCCAAAUUGCGUUGCCAAGGUAAUUUCGGUGCGCAAUGAAAAGAAGGUGGUUUUCUUUGCAGAACGGGAUAUAAACCCAGGAGAAGAGAUAACAUAUGAUUACCAUUUCAACCAUGAGGAUGAAGGAAAGAAAAUUCCAUGCUUUUGCAAUUCGAAAAAUUGUAGGCGUUAUUUGAACUAGUGGAAUUGCUGCGGGUUGAAAAAACUCUCUUCGUGUAGUUGAUUCAAUUUUGUAGCCCUUUUGCUGACUUUGGAACAAACAUCAUUAUCGAUCAGUCUCUGGGUUGUCAAUUUUUUUUGGCAUUCAUGAGCAUAUGUUUUCAUUUAAAUUACCAAGCCAUUACCCUUUUUGAUUGUUGAUGUACAAAGUGGUGGGCUUUCAAGCUAGAACCAUAAGCAUGGUAGUGAAAUUAACGAAUACUCGUUCGAGUGAUUAUGAAUGGUCGACAUCAACUCGUCAUUUUUCUUCU